UACUUCGUCUUCUUCUGUAUCAAGUUGUUGCCUUUUGUUUAUGCAGAAAAAAUGGAAAAGAUAACAAAACCAUUUCAGAUUAUAAGAAGUCUUUGGAAUUUAUAAUCAGAGAUUUGGAGUUGUGAUUGUGAAGGAGGUGGACACCCCUAAGCCCCAGUCCCCACCCUACCCAACCUAUCACCUUACGCCAAACAGUACCCAAUCUAGAACAAGCUCAACAAAAAAAGAAUAUAUAUAUAUAAACAAAGAUCUCUUGUUCUUAUCCUUAUUCACCGCCUUACAUAAAUCGUCUUCAUAAGUUUAGAAAUUCCCAGUUAUUUAUCAUCGAUUUAUGUUGGAAAGUUCAAAUCUUUACGUAUUACAAGAUCUGGUUUUGGAUUUAACGAUUAUCAAGAAAGGAUUUGAGAUUUGGUGAAGAAGUUUUUUCUGGGAAAUGUCGCUUUUGCCUAAAAGCGACUCGAUUCACAUUCGAGAAGUUUGGAAUGAUAAUCUGGAAGAAGAGUUUGAUUUGAUUCGAGAAAUCGUUGAUGAUUAUCCGUUUAUAGCUAUGGAUACGGAGUUUCCUGGAGUUGUUCUUCGUCCGGUUGGGAAUUUUAAGAAUAGUAAUGAUUAUCAUUACCAGACCUUGAAGGAUAACGUGGAUUUGUUGAAGUUGAUUCAGUUGGGUUUAACGUUUUCUGAUGAAAAUGGUAAUUUGCCCAAGUGUGGAACUGAUAAGUACUGCAUUUGGCAGUUUAAUUUCUGUGAUUUUAAUCCGAAUGAGGAUGUUUAUGCUAACGACUCGAUUGAAUUGUUGAGGCAGAGUGGUAUUGAUUUCAAGAAGAAUAUAGAAAAUGGGAUUGACGCUAAGCGGUUUGGUGAGAUUUUGAUGUCUUCAGGGAUUGUGCUGAAUGAUAAUGUGUAUUGGGUUACAUUUCAUAGUGGUUAUGAUUUUGGGUACUUGUUGAAGAUCUUGACAUGCCAGGACUUGCCUGAAACUCAGGAAGGUUUCUUCAAUCUGACCAACAUGUACUUUCCUGUGCUUUAUGAUGUUAAGCAUUUGAUGAAGUUCUGCAACAGCCUUCAUGGUGGAUUGAACAAGCUUGCAGAGUUGUUGGAGGUUGAGAGAGUUGGUGUCUGCCAUCAGGCCGGUUCGGAUAGCUUGCUCACAGCUUGUACUUUUAGGAAGUUGAAAGAGAAUUUCUUUAUUGGCUCACUUGAGAAGUAUGCCGGUGUCUUGUAUGGUCUAGGUGUUGUUGAGAAUGGAGUCCAUUGAAGAACAGAAAUGUGGAAAAAAAAAUAAAAAUGUGUGAACUACAGAAAGAUAGAUCUUUUAGUGUUUGUGUGUGCUUAUGAUGCCACACUAUGUAAACUUCUGAUAAGAGAGUUUGCUCUUCAUUUAUGAUAUCACCCUUCUUUUGGCUAAA